AUGACUUUAGUAAAGUCGGUUUUUGGGAGCCUCCCGUCCUACUUUCUCCCUAUUUUCGUUGCGCCUAAGUGUGUGAUAAAUAAGCUUGAAAAAAUUAGGAGGGAUUUUUUAUGGGGCAAAACGGAGAGGGGACAUAAACUCCAGUGGGUUCGGUGGGAACUUUUGUUGAAAUCUAAAAAAGCAAGGGGGAUGGGAGUGGGGAGCAUUCAAGGCUAUAAUCACGCGAUGCUAGCUAAAUGGUGGUGGAGGUUCAAAGCUAACCCGAAUCAGCUUUGGGCAAAGGUUGUUGCGGCUAUUCAUAGCGGUAAUGGGUCCACUAAUUCAGCUUCUUCAAUACCGCUGAAAAGGUCGAUCCCAGGGGUCUGGAAAGACGUGGGGUCGGUUGAGUCGGCUUUAAACAACGUGGGUAUCAAUAUUGAGGAGAAUAUAGUAGCGGUGGGUGAAGUAUGGAUGUGGCGGAGUGACCCGAACGGAUCAUUUUCAGUGAAACAAGUCCGUUUGGACAUCGAAUCGGCUACCUCCGGGGACGGUUCUGGCAGCUUGGUUUUCGAAUGGAACAACUGGGCCACCCCAAAGGCCAAUUACUUGAUGUGGAGAGCCUUGCUUGGUAUAAUUGCUUCCAAAGUGGGCCUGGUGUAUCGCGGUAUAACGCUUGCGGAUAGUCACUACCCCCGUUGUGGGAUUGCGGACGAGGACCCGGAUCACAUUUUCGUCAAUUGUCUUUGGUCGAAAUGCAUAUGGUGGAACACUAUGGCCUGGGUCAGAAUCAAGUUUCCUAUGGAGUUAAACAACCUUAAAAACUUCAUCUCUUACAUCAAAAAUAAUCCGGGGGGAAGAAUUUGGAAAAAGUGCGUCUAUAUGACAGCCAUUGCAACGGUUUGGAAAAUCUGGAAUGAUAGGAACAAAAAAGCUUUCGAAGACACCUUCAUUCCUGUUUCCUCGGUUGUGGACCAGAUUAAAGACGAGACUUUCCUUUGGGUGUGUAGCCGUUCGUCCAUCAAGAAGCCGGUCUGCGGUAACUGGAAGUCUUUUGACUUAAUCGAUAUGAUGUAA